CAGAGGGAUCCGUAUUCGCCGACUCUCCCGGCGUCCGUAGCCGGGAAACCGAGCGUCCGGCGUUGCAGGUUGUGGUCCGCGAUGUCUGGUGAGGAAGCCCCGCGUAGGGCAGAGUCCUCCGAGGCCCGUGCGGCCGCUGUCAGCGACAUCCAGGAGCUGAUGCGCCGCAAGGAGGAGAUCGAGGCGCAGAUUAAAGCUAAUUACGACGUCCUGGAGAGCCAAAAAGGAAUUGGGAUGAACGAGCCGCUGGUGGACUGUGAAGGCUAUCCCCGGGCAGAUGUGGACUUGUACCAGGUUCGAACAGCAAGGCACAACAUCAUCUGUCUACAGAAUGAUCACAAGGCUGUGAUGAAGCAGGUGGAGGAGGCCCUGCACCAGCUACAUGCUCGGGACAAGGAGAAGCAGGCCCGGGACAUGGCUGAAGCCCAAGAAGAGGCCAUGAGCCGCAGGCUGGGCUCCAACCGCCCCAUCCUACCCCAGGCCUUCGCCAAAGUGAACAGUAUCAGUCCCGGCUCCCCAGCUAGUAUUGCGGGCCUGCAAGUGGAUGAUGAAAUUGUGGAGUUUGGCUCUGUGAACACCCAAAACUUCCAGUCGCUGCAGAAUGUUGGCAACGUGGUGCAGCACAGCGAGGGGAAGCCCCUGAAUGUGAUGGUGAUCCGCAGAGGGGAGAGACACCAGCUCAGACUGACGCCCACACGCUGGGCAGGAAAAGGACUGCUGGGCUGCAACAUUAUCCCUCUCCAGAGAUGACUGUCCCCAGGGACCUACAAGAGAGCUGCUGCAGCCGGGCCCUGCUCUGGGUCUGGUAGGGACUUCCUCAUUCUCCUCCAUCUCUGAAGAGAGCGGGAAAAGCCUGAGCAUCAAGUGGAGGACCUGCUCUGGCCUUCGGUGUAACCUCUCUGGAGUGAGGCAUUAAAAACAUGAUUUGUGCCUAGCUAAGUCUUGUGCGAAAUAGGCAAUAGCCCUAUCUAGGGAUUCUGUACAUUAACCCAGUGAGUUGGAAUGACUGGCAGGUAAUGAUCCGACUUUAUUUUAUUUGAGACAGUCUCACUGUGUAGCUCUGGCUCCCUGAACUCACUGUGUAGACCAUUCUGGCCUCGAGCUGACAGAGAUCCUCCUGCCUCUGCAUCCUGAGUAUUGGGGUUAGAGGUAUGCACCACCAUGCCUGAUUCGACUCUGAGGGAUAUUUCUUAUACGUACAUAAUUUUUAUUUACGUUUUUGAGAAUACCUGCAUAUAGUGUCUUCCUCUCCUAUUUAAUUACACCUUCAGGCCCUCCCAGACCUCACUCAUGUCCACUCCUAGCUUCAUGGCCUUUUUUUUUUUUAAUAAAUAAUCUACUGAGUGCAAUUCGUGUUGCCCAUAUACUUAUGGAUGUGGGGUCUUCCACCUACCGGGGAUCUCACCUCUAACAGCCCCAGGAACUUGAGUGCCCCUCCCCCCUUUUUGAAGCAGUGUCUUAUGUAGCCAGUCCAUCCUCAGAUUCGCCCAGGAUGGUCUUGAACUUCUAGUCCUUCAGCCUCCAACCUCUAAGUGCAGUGUGCCCUGCCUAGGCAUUUCCUCUUUGGGGAUGGGGUAACCCUAGGGUGACCCUGGCUUCUUGUAUAGGUUUUCUCUUUUCAAAUAAACCUAGUUUUAUAGUGGUAA